AUUAAAUUCCCGCGAGAACAGGUUUCGACAGUACACCAGCGGUACACUUGAGAGAAAUGAACGAGGAAGGCGUAACCAUUGUGACAAGUUUGAGGGGGUGGAGGGAGGCAGGGAGAAUCCAUGUUUUUAGAGGGGCAGGGCUAAAUCUCUGGAAUUCCGUUUCCGUUCUAGGGAUUUUUCCCAAAUUUUACCGGAAGUGAUUUAGGAAUUCAGUACUUUUUUUUGGUUGGUUUGUUUUUGGUAGACACUGUGUGUUUAGAUGAUGGCGUCCUCUCCGCAGAAAUCUCCGUCCUCUCCCACUCCCCUCUCCCCGAGCUUCAGGAAGAAGGAUGAGACUUUUCUCGGGAAACUCGGAGGAACUUUGGUCAGGAGAAAGAAGGCGAAAGAAGUGUCAGAGCUGCAGGAGGAAGGCAUGAACGCCAUCAACCUGCCCCUGAGUCCCACACCGUAUGAGCUGCAUCCGGAGGACACCAUGCUGGAGGAGAACGAGGUUCGCACCAUGGUGGACCCCAACUCCAGGAACAACAGCAAACUGCAGGAGCUGAUAAAGGUGCUUAUAGACUGGAUUAACGACGUGCUGGUCGGGGAGAGGAUCAUUGUUAAGGAGCUGACAGACGAUCUGUACGAUGGACAAGUUCUGCAGAAGCUCUUUGAGAAGCUGGAGGGAGCGAAGCUGAACGUGGCCGAGGUGACUCAGUCGGAGAUCGCUCAGAAGCAGAAGCUCCAGACGGUCCUCGAGCGCAUCAACGAGGUUCUCAAAGUCUCCCCCAGAAACACCAAGUGGAACGUCGACUCUGUUCAUGCUAAGAGCCUGGUGGCCAUCCUGCACCUCCUGGUGGCACUGUCUCAGCACUUCAGAGCUCCGAUCCGCCUCCCAGACCACGUCUCCAUUCAGGUGGUGGUGGUUCAGAAACGGGAGGGAAUCCUGCAGUCUCGUCAGAUUCAAGAGGAAAUCACAGGCAACACCGAGGCGUUUUCUGGCCGGCACGAGCGCGACGCGUUCGACACCCUGUUCGAUCACGCACCUGACAAACUCAACGUGGUGAAGAAGACCCUCAUCACUUUCGUCAACAAACACCUGAACAAGCUGAACCUGGAGGUGGCCGAGCUGGACACACAGUUUGCAGACGGAGUGUACCUGGUGCUUCUGAUGGGACUUUUGGAAGGAUACUUCGUACCGCUCUACAAUUUCUUCCUUACUCCUGAAAACUUUGAGCAAAAGGUCCAAAACGUGUCCCUCGCCUUCGAGCUGAUGCAGGACGGUGGCCUGGAGAAACCAAAACCAAGAGCAGAAGACAUCGUGAACUGCGAUCUAAAGUCGACUCUGCGUGUUCUCUACAACCUGUUCACCCGAUACAGAAACGUGGACUGACGAGACGCACGCACGCACACGGCGCUUCAGUUUGGGAGAAUCAGCAAUACAGGAUUUAUACCACAGCCACAGUUUGAUGGUCUUCGUUGUGUGUGUGUGUGUGUGUGUGUGUGUGUGUGUGUGUGCGCGCACACGUGUGUAUAGUGAGCUGUCUAACAAAACAUGAAUGAUUCUCACACUGUUUA